AUUCAGGCGGGCUUUACUCUUGGGCUCUGAAACCAACUAGAACUAGGAAAGCUGGGACCCAGUUUAAGAGGAGGAGCUCUGGACCUGUGCGAGCACAGACCCCGCCCGUACCUUUCCUGCUGUGCCCUCUCCUUUUCUCACUGCCCUGGAGACCAGCGGUGAUCUUCCGACAAUUGGCCUCCCUACCCCCAUCCCCACCGCCAGUCCCAUCUUGAGUCAGAGGCCCUGCAACUGAUUUUAUCCCACUGAGCUAGUUUCCCCAAGCUUUUCCAGCCUUCCAGGGCCGUCUCUUAACCCUUCUAUACUCCCCCCCACCCCGCCCCCGACCCCGGGACUCCUGGUUUGAGCCCCAGGCUUCGCCUCCACUGGUUGGCCCUGCUGGCCAUAGGGCCCAAUGCACCCAAUUCUCCCCAAGUGUGCUCUGCCCUUAAGGAGUCACAUCUCAGUGGAGACCAGGUGCCAGAUAGCUGUAUGCUUCAUUUAAGGGAGCUCAGAGGGAUCAGGAAAGACUUCCCAGGAGAGAGGACCUUUGAGCAGGUUCUGAAAGGAUUGGGUAGGACUCUGACAGGGGAGAAAGGUCUUUCCAAGCUGAUGAAAGAGUAUGAACAAAGUUAGGAAAGUGGGAGCAAGAAUUCAGUAAGCCUGGCCGGUGAGGUACGGGUCAGGGGGAAACUCAGGAAAAUAGCUGGUGUGGGCCAGGUGUUUGGACACUACAUAACCUAGGAUUUUAGGGAGGCGAUUGGUGUCUGGGAUCAGGGAUGGGAAUGGAAUGAGACUGAAGGCAGAGGCCAAUAACGAGGUGGAGGGUCUAAGUUAGCACAGGGUGGUAAGGAUUAUGCAAUAGGAACAGGCUGGCAAAGUACUGCGAUGAGGAACCGGCAGGGCUGUUUCCAUUGUGUGAAGGAGGGGGGAAGGAUUUGAAGACAAAGAGGUCAGAUUUCGAGUAGAAAUCAUGUGAUUGGGAAGAUUUGCAAUAAAGUAACUGGAAGGGGAGGAGAGAUGCUGAGUUCAGUCCUGCGAGGUGCGGCUUGAAGCAUUGGCAGGAUGUCCAUAUGGAGAUAUCAAAUAGGAAGUCAUUCAUUCACUUAUCUAUAAUGUAUGCCAGCCUCAAAGGCAGGUUACAUAAAAGUCACAGAGAAGAUAAAAUGAUCAAACCAUUAAAACUCAGCUAAAAGGACCUGAUAGCUAGGGAAAAACUUCAGAGGAGAGUGGAUGAUUGUUACUGGAAAACGUUGGCUCAGAAAAGCCACUGAAAAUGAACACAGGACUCAUAGGAGCUUGCUGGCAGCCAAGCAAAGAAAAGGACACCUAAAUAAAACAGCUCACUAGGCUGGAAUUCAGGAGAAAGCGGAACAGGAUAGAAGGUGGUGUGCUCAGUCCCCCAGGCCCUGACCUUCUCUCCUGCCAUGAGGUGGGGCUGCCAUUUGCCUAGGGCCUCUUGGGGCCCUGGUCUGGGAAGAGUACUCCAGCCAGCAGGUGAACGUAUCCCCUUCCUGAUCCACUGGAGUUGGCCCCUUAAAGGGGAGCGCCCCCUUGGGCCCCCUAGGGCCUUUACACGCCAUCACGGAAGCUCAGCGGGCAGUGGUCCCCCAUCAGGGAGGCACGGACAGUUGUUCCAGGGCAUCGCUGCAGCUGAAGCUAUCCAGCGGCACCGCCAGAACCUGGCCGAGUGGUUCAGCCGGCUGCCCAAGGAAGAGCGCCAGUUCGGCCCAACCUUUGCACUAGACACGGUCCACGUAGACCCUGUGAUCCGCGAGAGCACCCCUGAUGAGCUGCUUCGCCCACUGGCUGAGCUGGCCCUGGAGCAUCAGCCACCCUCUGCUGGGCUCCCCCCGCUGGCCCUGUCUCAGCUCUUUGACCCAGAUGCCUGUGGGUGCCGCGUGCAGACAGUGGUGCUCUACGGGACAGUGGGCACAGGCAAGAGCACGCUGGUGCGCAAGAUGGUCCUGGACUGGUGUUACGGGCGGCUGCCAACCUUCAAGCUGCUGAUCCCCUUCUCCUGCGAGGACCUGUCAUCCCUGGGCCCUGAGCCAGUCUCCUUGUGCCAACUUGUGGCCCAGCGCUACGCACCCCUGAAGGAGAUUCUGCCUCUGAUGGCCGCUGCUGGUUCCUGCCUGCUCUUUGUGCUCCACGGCUUGGAGCACCUCAACCUUGAUUUCCGGUUGGCGGGCACAGGGCUUUGCAGUGACCCGGAGGAGCCAGAGGCGCCAGCUGCCAUCAUCGUCAACCUGCUACGCAAAUACAUGUUGCCCGAGGCCAGCAUUCUGGUGACCACCCGGCCCUCUGCCAUCGGCCGCAUCCCCAGCAAGUAUGUGGGCCGCUAUGGCGAGAUCUGUGGCUUCUCCGAUACCAACCUACAGAAGCUCUACUUUCAGCUCCGCUUCAACCAGCCAGACUGCGGGCACGGAGCUGGGGGGGUCUCAGUCACGCCGGCUCAGCGUGACCACCUGGUGCAGAUGCUCUCUCGGAACCUGGAGGGGCACCACCAGAUCGCCGCUGCCUGCUUCCUGCCCUCCUAUUGCUGGCUUGUCUGUGCCACCCUGCACUUCCUGCACGCUCCCACACCAGCUGGCCAGACCCUCACAAGCAUCUACACCAGCUUCCUGCAUCUAAACUUCAGUGGGGAGAUGCUGGACAGCACUGACCCUUCCAAGUUGUCCCUGAUGGCCUAUGCAGCCCGAACCAUGGGCAAGUUGGCCUACGAGGGGGUGUCCUCCCGCAAGACGUACUUCUCUGAAGAGGAUGUCCGUGGCUGCCUGGAAGCUGGCAUCCGGACGGAAGAGGGGUUUCAGCUGCUGCAUGUGUUCCGCCGGGAUGCCCUGAGGUUUUUUCUGGCCCCGUGCGUUGAGCCAGGGCACCUGGGUACCUUCGUGUUCACUGUGCCCGCCAUGCAGGAAUACCUGGCUGCCCUCUACAUUGUGCUGGGUUUGCGGAAGACGACUCUGCAGCGAGUGGGCAAGGAGGUGGCCGAGCUCAUGGGCCGUGUCGGGGAGGAUGUCAGCCUGGUCCUGGGCAUCAUGGCCAAGUUGCUGCCCCUGCGGGCCCUGCCCCUGCUCUUCAACCUGAUCAAGGUGGUUCCACAUGUGUUCGGGCGUGUGGUAGGUAAGAGCCGCGAGGCAGUGGCCCAGGCCAUGGUGCUGGAGAUGUUCCGAGAGGAGGACUACUACAACGACGACGUCCUGGACCAGAUGGGUGCCAGUAUCCUGGGUGUGGAGGGCCCCCGGUGCCACCUGGACGAGCCCACAGAGGAUGAGGUCUUUGAGCUUUUCCCCAUGUUCAUGGGCGGGCUUCUCUCUGCCCAUAACCGGGUACUGCUGGCUCAGCUCGGCUGCCCCAUCAAGACCCUGGAUGCCCUGGAGAAUGCCCAGGCCAUCAGGAAGAAGCUGGGCAAGCUGGGCCGGCAGGUGCUGCCCCCCUCGGAGCUCCUUGACCACCUCUUCUUCCACUAUGAGUUCCAGAAUCAGCGCUUCUCCGCCGAGGUGCUCGGCUCCCUGCGCCAACUCAGCCUGGCGGGCGUGCGCAUGACACCCCUCAAGUGCUCGGUGGUGGCAGCUGUCCUGGGCAGUGGAAGGCAUGCCCUGGACGAGGUGAACUUGGCCUCCUGCCAACUGGACCCUGCCGGGCUGCGCACACUCAGGCCUGUCUUCCUGCGUGCCCGGAAGCUGGGCUUACAACUCAACAGCCUGGGCCCCGAGGCCUGCAGGGACCUCCGAGACUUGCUGCUGCAUGACCAGUGCCAAGUUACCACCCUGCGGCUGUCCAACAACCCGCUGACGGCGGCGGGUGUGGCCCUGCUGUUGGAGGGGCUGGCGGGAAACACCUCGCUGAAACACCUGUCUCUGCUGCACACGGGCCUUGGGGAUGAGGGCCUGGAGCUGCUGGCUGCCCAGCUAGACCGUAACCAGCAGCUACAGGAGCUGAAUGUGGCCUACAACGGUGCUGGCGACACAGCGGCCCUGGCCUUAGCCAAGGCUGCCCGGGAGCACCCUUCCCUGGAGCUGCUGCACCUCUACUUCAACGAGCUGAGCUCAGAGUGCCGCCAGGCCCUGCGGGACUCGGGGAGCACCACUGAGGGCAGUGCCCAGGUCGUGGUGUCGCUGACAGAGGGGACAGCAGUGUCCGAGUACUGGUCAGUGAUCCUGGGUGAAGUCCAGCGGAACCUCAAGAGCUGGGAUCGGGGCCGGGUCCGGCGCCACCUGGAGCUUCUGCUGCGGGAUCUGGAAGAUAACCGAGGAGCCACCCUUAAUCCUUGGCGCAAAGCCCAGCUGCUUCGAGUGGAGGGCGAGGUCAGGGCCCUCCUGGAGCAGCUGGGAGGCCCGGGAAGCUGAGACAGUGGCAGCAGUGUGUCCCCUGGCCCCAAGCCGCUUCUGUCUGUGGCCUCCUAGCUUGCACUACCGCUUCCAGAAAGAUCCCUUCAGGGCUGGAGGCAAAGGAAUGGGCACAGCUGUGUCAGUUGCUCUCCUGGGGCGUGUCUAACCAGUGCUCCCAGGUCUGGAGUUUUCCGGGUCAUGGAGCAUGCUUCCCCUCCCUUCGGAUAGAAGGACUGAAAGAUGGGGCGUUUCGGUGGCCACAUUGUCCUGUAGCACCACCACCAAGCUCCUCUUGGAUUGUGCCACCAGGGGGCACACUUCUUUUGUCGGCCUUGCCAGGGGCCUUGCCAUCCAGAUGUGUUGGAGGGCCUCCGCGUCCUGCCUUUAUGCUUUCUGGGGACACCCCGGGACACCCAGGAUGCCAGCAGCCACUUUCCUCUCUCACUGGUGCUGUGUCCUCACCCUUGUUUCCCCUUCACCACAAUGGUACCCAAGCUCGGUGGCCCCUAGGGGCAUGGGUGCUGACUUGCUGCUAUUAAAGAGCUGUGUCUUCCAA